CUAAGGCUACCAAAUCUACCACUUCAACAAUAGUUUCUUGUCUUGUCACUCUUUUUGUCCCUCUCUUCUUCAAUAAUUCUUCCCACUAUAUAUGUUAUAUUUAUAUACAGGUUCCUUUUGAAACCAACUAGCUAGUAAAAUCUACGAAAAUUUAAACAUAGUUUUUGAACUGUGAUCAAGUGUGAUCAAGUAACAGCCACUAUAUAUAUAUAUAUAUAGAGUAAGCAUUAUUCAAGUAGUGAAGUUAAUAAGAGUUUAAGACAAGAAAAAAAUAUGGGAGUACAAGGAACUUUGGAAUAUUUGUCUGACAUGAUUAGCAGUGCCAAGAAAGGAAAGAAAAAAAAGCAAUUUAACACAGUCAAUCUCAAGGUUACAAGAAUUGAUUGUGAAGGUUGUGCUAUGAAAAUUAAGAAAGCUCUUUCUGGACUUAAAGGAGUGAAAACUGUGGAUGUGGAUAUGAAGCAACAGAAGGUGACGGUGACGGGAUAUAUGGAAGCAAAGAAGGUGUUGGCAGCAGCGAAAUCAACAAAGAAGAAAGUGGAGUUAUGGCCUUAUGUGCCUUACACUAUGGUGGCACACCCUUAUAUGGCUGGGGCAUAUGAUAAGAAGGCACCUGCUAAUUGUGUGAGGAAAGUGGAAGAUCCUAUGACCCCUAUGGAAGAGCAAUAUACCACCAUGUUUAGUGAUGAAAAUCCUGGUGCUUGUUAUAUUAUGUAGUUUAUGUUAUCUUGAUCAUAGUAUAUAUACACGUUAGGUUUUCAUAAAUAUAUGCAUAUAUAUAUUUGUAUA